GAUCGCGAGUGCCGCUCAGUGUGUCUGUGCACCUGAAUGGAGGAAGGGUUAUCCGCUCGUCUCACUCCGUAGGAUGUUGUGCCACCUGUGAGUUGCUCUCUCCGCAGCGUCUCCACAAUUUGUUCUUCUUGCAGUCCGUGACCAUGAGGGGCAGCAUGGAGCAGCUGAUCAAAAACGGCAAGCGGUUCUACGUUCCCAGAAGGCCGAGCGAGCUACUGGCCCUUGUGGCUCUAUCGACGACCCUGUUCCUCUUUUUGCACACGCGUGACCUGCAAGUUCGACUCAAGGAGAUGGAAACCAGGGCCACCGGCGAAUCUGCCGCCGCGAGCAGCCGAGGAGCCGCCGCCUCUUCAAUGGCUGAAUCGGUGAAUACUGUUGUGAUCACAACUGCAGGAGAAGCGACAGGUUCGAUGCCGAGCAAAAUCGUGAUGGCAGCUCUCGCGGGUACCAUUCCCCAAAGAGUAAUUACUGAAGAAAUUGACGUCUCUGAAUUAAACAACACCGCCAAAGCACAGAAGGACGUGAUUUUCUUCAACCGAGUGCCCAAGGUCGGCAGCCAGACGAUUAUGGAGCUGAUCAGAAGGUUGUCACACAGGAACGGCUUUAACUUCCACCGGGACAAGGUGCAGAGGGUCGAGUCCAUCCGGCUGGCUCCCCGAGAUGAGUCGUACUUGGCGCAAGUGGUGAGCAACUACGAGCCGCCGUCCGUGUACGUCAAGCACGUCUGCUUCACAAACUUCACAAAGUACGGCUAUCCCUCGCCUAUUUACAUCAAUCUGGUGCGUGACCCCGUGGAACGGGUCAUCUCGUGGUAUUACUACAUCAGAGCGCCGUGGUACUACGUCGAGAGGAAGCAGGUUUUCCCCGACUUGCCCUUGCCCGAUCCAAACUGGCUCAAAAAGGAUUUCGAGACGUGCGUCUUGAGGGGCGACCGAGAGUGUCGUUUCAUCGAAGGAGAAACAAGGGAGGGAAUCGGAGACCACCGGAGACAAACUCUCUUUUUCUGCGGCCACGAUGAAGAGUGCACGCCGUUCAACACGGUUGGAGCGCUGCAAAGGGCCAAGGCUGCGGUGGAGCGGCACUACGCGGUGGUCGGCGUGCUUGAGGACUUCAACAAAACCCUUUCAGUCUUCGAGCAUUACAUUCCAAGAUUUUUCAGAGGCGCUUCCGAAGUUUACUGGGAAGCAUCACACAGUCUGAGCAAAAUCAACAAAAAUCUGUACAAGCCGACAGUGAGCGAAGAGAUCAAGAAUCUGGUGCGCAAGAACUUCACGCGGGAAACAGAGUUUUACCAGUUUUGCCGGCAGCGGUUGCACAAGCAGUACGUGGCCCUUCACGGUCUUGGUCUCAUCUCGAACUGAAUUGAGUGCAGGCGCAAUUCGUGCGACCUUUAGACACUGAAAUUUUUGUGUUUGUGUGUGCGUGUGAGCGAACCGAGUUAUUUUUCUAAAA